GUAACCUAUUCAGUCAUAAUUUGUGGUACGGUCGAUUAUUAUUAUCUCAAUCAGCUAAUUGGUUGAAUAAAUGGCGUUUCUAAGGAACGCAGCUCUAACCUCACUCGUGGUGGUCCUAUUGGCAAUAUAUGUGUGCCCGCGGUUCCCAAAAACAGCCAGUAAUCAAGGCACAAAGACAAUGGUUGGCCUGUUCUUCAAGUUUCAAGACCUUGUGACUUAUGUGGGUGAACAUAUUGGCCUUGACCCGGUACAAAUUGCCAACUCGUUUUCUAACAUCAUUUUCCUGCUAGAUCGACCUGUCGCAGAUGUCAAUCCCACUAUGCGAAUUACAUUAGAGAAGUGGUGCGAAAGACAAAAGCGGUCGUGUUAUCAAUCAAGUGACAGCGCGGGUGGCAACCUUGUAGCGGCCGUUUCGCUAAACAUUUCUUUAGAUGCCAACUUCCCGAAGACUGUCAUCAAGUUCAUGUCACUUGACUACCCUUUCCUGCAAGCUGUGGAUUUGCGUCUGCCGAGCUACCGGAAGUACGAAAAUGGCCCCUGCUUCCUGGACAAACUCCGGAUGAUGAAAUGCAUGCUUAGAUUUACAAUUUUUUCUACAAUAACGAACAAUAAAGCUAUCUAGAACAAGCUUAGAGACCACGUUGAUGCAUCAUUACUACCAACUGCUGACGAAAACGCGGAAUCAGAAACGUUUUUUCGCGAAAAGGCGUCUGUUAAUGCUGACGAAGUGAAGGAAAUUCUGAGCGUAAUAACAAAUCCAAUGUUCUCGCCGCUGAUUGCAACGGAUGAAGACCUGGCCGCGCUGCCGCCUGCCUAUAUCACGAAUUGUGAGUUUGACGUGCUCCGAGACGACGGCUUCCUCCUGGCGGCGCGUGGGAGUACCGGUGGAGCACUCGUACGUCCCAAGCGAGGAGCACGCUUUCGUCAUGAAUGUCAACACAGAGGAAGCGGCCAUGGUCGAACUUGACAAAUUCGUACAGUUCUUUCAGAAAAUUUUAGAAUUUAAUAUAUAAUAACGGACGCAAAUUGUGUUAAGAACAACUACAUUCGUUUAUGGCCAUUAACAUCCAGUUUCGAUCAUAUACGUACUGAAGUCAAGAUCUCGGGUAUGUGAUUUGUUGAAACUGUUGGAACAUCUCUUUUCGUUACGUCAACAAGCCAACAAAAGCAAAUAUAUAGAUCAAUUUUCAAGUAAACAGUAAACCAGCAUGACUCAUUACUAACGUUAGGACUGCCUCUAUGAGAGUUCGAAGCCAUUGUGCACCAUUUAAUUUUUAGGAGUUUGUUUAAAAAAAGCAAGACUGAAAUAUUCACAGAGUAAAGGCAUUGUCCCAGCAAAGUUUACGGACCCCGAUAUCAUAAUUUAAUACAACGUAGAAAAAAACAUUCUUACCGCUCUUGCCGUUAUGCAUCAAAGCCAACCCUCCAGCACCAUUUGAAACCUUUGUUUACACAUGUUCAAGUGGCCGACAUUUUAAACACACGAGUGAUUUCAUUGGUUCAACGCAAAUGUGUGUCUUAACUCUCUGAAGAUUUCAUACUUGAAUCGGGUCUGAAGACCGAGUUCGUGGAAAUCGCUGCAGUUUUGAUGAAGUUAUGGCUUUUCAAAGCGAUGCACUCUGUUUUCGGGUCAUUUCGAGUUGAAUACCUUGUUAUAUAAAUAUUUGAUAGAGAAAAUAUUAUUUUCAGAUAA